UUUCAGAGUACGAACAGGAAGGAAGGCGGCUGUAUGACGUCACCGUGCUGUGGAGUUGUUGUGUGUUUAUCGACACAACACUACAAUCCUAUAUUACGAAGCUGAUUGUUCCUAUGGAGUGACUGGCAGGUACAGAUGCCCAUCUCCAGGACAGACGUGUGCCUCGCAUGCGGCUCCCAGGCGUGAAGACUGUGUAAACCGAUGGAGGUGAUGGAAAGUCCUCUGAAUCUCGCUCAUCAACAGAGCAGGAAGGCAGACCGCUUGUUGGCAGCUGGGAAGUAUGAAGAAGCCAUCGCUUGCCAUAGAAAAGCUGAAGAUUUGCUAUAUGAAGCCAUGAAGCUGACGCAGUCUGAACAGGCUCACCUGUCACUGGAAUUACAAAGGGACAGUCAUAUCAGACAGCAGCGACUGAUUGAAGAGAAGUGGAAACGGGCCAAAAGAGAAGGGAAGAGAGUCCAUCAUCACAGCCUAACCCCAGCAGACAGAGAUGUAGCUGCAUAUCCCCUGUGUUCUCCACAAAAACCCUCCUUGACAGAAAUGGACGGUGGCCACAGAGCCCUGGGCUCAGCUCUGGAGCGGUUCGGACCUGUGGAGCGUGAGUACGACACUUGGCUGUACUUACUCAAGAACAAAGGGGCUGCUUUGGAGACCUGCACAGGGAGCAAAGCCCUCAAGGAUGACAAGACUAGACUAGAAGAACAAGAGACUGCCAUUGCCGACCUGAAAAAGCUGGUUGACUUCCUUCUAGCUGAAAACGAGAAAGUUACACAGGAAAACCAGCAGCUCAAAGCUGAAAAUGCAAGGCUGAAAAAAGCCCCGCUAGAAAAGGAGCCCUAUGCAGAUGCUGACUUUGUAGAGAAAUCUGAGCUGUGGGGACUGCCUCAGCACUCCAAUGAUAGGAAGGCAAAGGACAUUCCAGUACCUAAUCUUCCUCCUUUAGAAAUGCCCACUCAAGACAUUUCACUGGAUGAUCUCCCUGCUUUAGAGCUUCCGGAAGACAUUCAGGCUGAACUUCAAGAGCUAAUGAACAUGAAGAGUGCCAGUGACAAACUGUAGCACAGUAAAGACAAAAGAAAAAGGGAGUUUGGUGCUCACAAGGCUGGUAUAUGAGGAAAAAAAACAACCCCAUUGCAGGAUGCGUUCAGUGGCUACCCUGCAGAUAGUGUGACACUGUCAAGCAUAAUUUUUACAGUACUCUAUUAAUUUAAUACUCUAAAUUUACUGCAGCUGUACUGGUUAAAAUAUUAGGGGCCAUGCCUUAUGCUAAAAAAAAAAAAAUGCUUGUGUGGCUGUCUUGUAAUGUCCUAAAAAUUGAAAUAAAAAAAAUCUUCAGCUUCUGAAGAAUCCUAUAUGUGAACCCCAAGCUGACAUUCCAUCGCACUUGCACUGGGUGAAACCUGGAGUCUCAUUAUACCCUUGUCCUGUGAAAGCAUAGCUCCCUACUAAUGUUCUAAGAAAAUGAAAAGGUGUGCUUUUUGUACACAAAGGUUUAUGUGCAUGUUCGGGGAGCAGAAGUAGAAGGGUUGUGGGUGGGGGUAGUAAAAGAAGAGUUUCUGUUUCUGAUAUAUUCCUUUUACUUCUUUCUAAAUAUAUUGGUUGCUACAUUUACACAAAUGCAUCAGUGACACAGAUUGGUUAUGCCACGUAAUUAAAUGGGGUAACGAAUUUGUAGUAAGCCCCUGCGUGAUGCUGAGCUAUAGUAAUCUCUUAACCAUUUGCGGUCCAAUUUAUUUUCACACAAGCUGUUUACUUUACACACGCUGUUUAAUAGUAAUUUUAUUCACAGUAAAACAGGUUUAAGGCACUGCAUAUCAACUGGACACUCAGUACUGAAUCUCCAGCCCUGCCCCACUCCUUGUUCGCUGUAUUUAUCACAUAUCUCUUCAUAGUAGUGCAUACUGAUAAAUCAUCUCCUGAUCACUCAUUUUAUCACCAAACUCCUCAAUAAUGCUAUCCAAGUCAUUAUUUUAUUACUAUAACAUCUCAAAAAGCUUGGCAAAUGUCUGCGAUAUUCUUUGAGCGCUGGAUGCGGAAGCAGCUGUCUUGUUUGUUUAUGUCCGUGUUAUGUCUGUGGUGAAGGGACUAUGCGUAUUGCUCAGAUCCGCCUCAGUUUUUUAUUUUUCCGGCCUCACUCAGCCAUUGAAAGCUUUUCUCGGCUUUUUCCUGAGAAAAAAACGACUAGGGACCUGUGUUUGACGUCUUUUUGAUUAUGUUGGACGGGGUCAGUCGUCAGACCGGAAAGGAAAAAUUGUAAUGUUGGACGUGGUCCGACAGAGGACCGCAAAGUUGGCAUAUAUUCAUGAGGUGGUCUUGCUUUGGUCUAAAUAAACAGUUUGAGGACCCAACAACUAACUUGAUGUACUGUAAUUUAAAUUAAAAUAUUCUAAUAACCCAUGCUGCAAUAAAAGCCCUUUUAUACUGUGAUAUGUAAAAGUAGCCUUGGGCCCUUUGAAUGCCUGGUUUAAAAUACAGAAGCAUAGUAGCGUUCUUUACUUUAAAAUAAUAAUUUGUAUCCCCUGCUGAGGAUUCUUCUCCCCAGCUAAACGAUAUUGUGGAGCUGGGCAUCCAUUCAUAUGUCACGCUUAAGAGUUUUGCUAGCGAAUUCAGAUAACCUUUUAUUCAGUUGUAAAAAUUGCUAGUAGCACUCUUUAGCACUUUAUACGUUGUUGAUCGUAUCAGAAUAUUGGGGUAAAUGAAGGCCGUCUGUCUGCAUGUCACACAUUUUUACAUAUAUCAAGCGCAUACUCAUUUGUUACGACAGUUGGUUUGGACAUUAUUUUGCACAAGUAGCACAAACAGUUUACAUUACAUUUAUACAUUUGCAUUGCAUACAGUGGAUGUACAGUAGGUGAAGGUGAUCCACUUUUUCAUGUUACUGAGGGCUCUGAUUUUGUAUUUACAGUUCGGUGGGGUUGUGAUAAUAAUAAUGAAUCCUGUGGCAUUGGUGAAAAUCUAGCUAAGAUCAAUAGCAGCAAGUUAUAAGCCUUUCUGUCAAUACUGCAAGUUACUGUCUUGUAUGAAAAGUGUAUCCAGUACCUCAUGUGUGAUUAACUAUAUAUAUAUAUAUAUAUAUAUAUAUAUAUAUAUAUAUAUAUAUAUAUAGUUAGACACACUCACUUUGGUUUUUUUUUUGGUCACUAAGUUAAUUUGUACUGUAAUCAGUCAGCUACUGAACACAUAAGUAAUGUUUAUAUCACACAAACCUACUCUUUCAGGUAACUGCAUUUUAAUAUGCAUAAUCAUCCAGAAGUACAACUGUAUCAGGGUGCAUUUCUAAUUGUAAGCACUAACCUGGAUUGAUCAACUUGUGCCACAUAUUUGAGCUCUUAAUGUGAUGCAACUUAUUGAGCCCGUUGUAUGAAUGGCUUAUAUUUAUGUUUUAUAAAGAGGGAACCAAAUCAGCAAUGUUUUUAUGAUUGGUUUACAUAACAAAGUAAUCAGGGUACAUCAUAUAUAUAUAUAUAUAUAUAUAUAUAUAUAUAUAUAUAUAUAUAUAUAUUAGUAUUAUUGCUUGAUGUAAAUCUAAAAAAAAUCUGUGUGCUAUAAAUUCUUAAAAAAAAAAAAUGUAUCUUGUUUCGGUGCAUGAAUGAAUAAAUGCUAGUUGUAAGUAUAUGAUCUUUAAGAAUACAAUAAAGACAAUUUAUUUAAA